AUGUCUCGUGCAGUUGAAAAGCGAAACAUUGCGGAGAGAUCCAGAUGCUCGCGGUUGUGGACUAUAUUUCCCCACGUCUGCCUUAUCCUGUCACUAGCGGUAUAUGGUUGUUUUGGGGCUUUGGUAUUUAGUCACAUUGAAGGUCAGUCUAACACGACAAAAAACGAAUACAAUGCAUUCCUACAUGCACUCGUGGAUACAGUAAAUAAUUCAGAUAAUCAUGAACUUUUAAUGAAGAAGGUGGAUCAAAUCGCAAAAAAAUUCAAUCCUAUAUGGCUUGAAAGCCCAGAAAGGUGGAACUUCUUUGGGUCGCUGUUUUUUUGUUGCACCGUAUUAUCAACAGUAGGAUAUGGAAAAAUCUACCCUGUGACUUUGCCUGGGAAGCUGUUCUGCAUGGGUUAUGCCAUGAUAGGAAUCCCACUGAUGCUCCUGGUGAUCACCGACGUGGGUGACGUCCUAGCAAUCCUCCUUUCCAGGGGCUACUGGCACCUGCACCACCUAUACCAGUCAUCCUUCUGCAGCUGGUCCUUUAGAAGGUGCAGGGAGAAAUCAGUGGAAGAGGCUCUUGUCCACGAUGGGACCUAUAUGCUCAGACGGGACAUGCUCAUUCGACAACCAGUGGACAUAAAGGAGAUACUAAGCCAGCAAUCGUUCAACUGUAUUAUCGCCCAUAAAAAGCCCCUCCAGCGUAGCCACUCCUGUCCCGAGCUCAGUCGGAUAUCCCAAAAAAAGGACAUCCAAAUCAGGGAAGAGAAUAUUGGGCGGGACCUAGAGAAGUUAGAUGUCCCUAUGAUGGUUAUCCUGGUGGUGGUCUUCUCCUACAUUCUUUUUUUUGGUAUCAUCCUACCUCUGUGGGAAACAGAAAUUGAAAGGCUUGAUGCCAUAUACUUCUGCUUCAUCACACUCACCACCAUUGGUUUUGGAGACAUUAUGCCACAACAUCCCAACUAUUUCAUGUUGACCUCCCUCUUCCUCAUUGGUGGUAUGGCCAUCAUGUCCAUGGCCUUCAAGCUAGGCCAGAACCGCAUUGUCAGCUGUUACCGCAAAUGCAUGCGGUGCAUCAGCAGAGGACAGGUGAAGGAAUAUUCAUUCCCUGAAAGUAAUUAAACUGCAGUGGUCAA